UUGACGGCGGGCGCCGGGGCGCCUUGCCGGGGGAGGGGGCGGGGCCUCGAGGAGCAGGCCAGCCAAUCGAAGCUGCCCGGAAGGACUGCCGGGCGUUGCCAAGGUGUGGAGAACAAGUUUUCCUCAGAUUCAAAGCAUCUCGAUGAAGAUUUGGCUAAGCUCUUUGAUGAGAUCCUGCUGCAGGUGUUUCCCAGAAAUCUAGACGAUGUAUCAAAAGACGCAAGAACGGCUGGCAGAUUGAUGACAGGGAGAGACGUGAAUGAAACUCAUCUCCACUAUAUGGGCUUCAAUGACUCUGAAUUUGCAUCAAGUUCACAUCAAGUUCAGCAAGAGGAACACUUGGCUAAGCUAUUUGAUGAGAUCCUGAUGCAGGUGUUUUCUAGCGAUCCGAAAUAUUUAUCAAGAGAAGGCGCAAGCACAGCUGAUGAACUCCUUAGGCGGAAGCACUCGAAUGAAAGCAAGUAUCUGUACCUCGACUUGAAGUUCAGAGAUCAUCUUGCUGAGGAGAAUAAGGAGUCAUCUCUAUUCAACAGGGAUGUCAACCGUCAAUUAACUACCACUGACAAUGGAAUACAGCAAAGAAACACUCAAGGCGCCUACACCAGCAGUCUCCCCUGCGGGCAGCUGCUGAGCUUCCUCCAGAAGAACAUCAUUGUCGCCACCGUAGCUAUGGCCAGCAUCCUCCUGGCCACUGUGUUUACAGCGCUGGUCGUGCUCACGUGUAUGAGGCAGAAGCAGCCAAGGUAUCCUCCAGCGAGCACGACGUACAACAUUUUUAUAAUGAGCGGGAAGGAUUGGUGGCAAAAGGCCCAGGAAAAGCGCUUCAGAAAACUCUCAGGAAAGCAGAAGCACCUGAACAGUGGCAACUCUUUCGUCUAAGCCGGUGGAGGGGCCAGAAAACUGCCACCAAGCCACUGUCAGAGGGCUCUUGUGCUGCCGGGACCGAAGUCGAGGAUAGGCAAGAAGCUCCUCAAAGGUUGCCCUCUAGAAGCUUCACUUGAGCGAGGCUGGGUGGAAGCAGUGGUGGGUGGCGCCCUCUAGCCGCACGCCCGGUAUCGGCGCGCCGGGCUCUUGGUGUCUGAGGCCCUAGACCCUAAAGACUUGGUAGCAGCGCCUGCACUUCCGCUUCCCUUCUUCCUUCUGCUCCGCCGCCGGGGAGCUCUUUACUGCUCC